UACAUGGUUCUGAUUUGAUGUUUGCUAACCUAAAAUAGUCACCUUGCUAUCAUUUUGAUUAAUAUAUCAAAACAAAUAUGCAUUGCAUUAUCUCUUAAUUUAAGAAAUUAUUAAAAAUUCCAAGCUGAAAAACAUGAAUUUACUGCCUAAGACAGAAGAUAAAUUUGCUUCUAAAGAAUAUUGGGACACCUUUUUCAAAAAAAGGGGUGCCAGUGCAUUUGAAUGGUAUGGUGAAUAUACAGAACUAUCGAAACAUUUGCACAAAUAUAUCAAGAUUUCAGAAAGAAUUCUUGUUCUUGGAUGUGGAAAUUCUUCAUUAAGUAGCGAUCUUUUUGAUGUAGGCUACAGAAAUAUAAUUAGUAUUGAUAUUUCUGAAAUUGUUAUACAUCAAAUGAAAAAACUUCAUAGUCUGAUACGGCCUUCUUUAAAAUUUAUACAUAUGGAUGCAUUAAAUAUGACCUUUGAGGAGGGAGAGUUUUCCGUUGCCAUUGAUAAAGGUACUUUGGAUGCCCUAAUUCCUAAAGAAAGUGCAGAUGUUAUAGAAAAAGCUACAAAAUAUUUUAAACAAAUUGAUAAGGCUAUAAAAUUUGGUGGUAGAUAUAUUUGUAUAUCACUUUUACAAUCUCAUGUAUUGAGGACUAUUCUUGAUUAUUUUCCAAGUAAAAGUUGGAUGCUUCGAAUAAUAAGAUGCUUUGAGGCUGAAAAGAAGGCUGCAGAAAGUGGACAGAAAGUUUUUCCUGUUUUUAUUGUUAUUUGUACAAAGUUUAAGAAUCUCAAUCAAGAGAUUUUAGAGUUAAAUGUUACAACAAAUGAGUCCAUAGUAAGGUUAAAAAAUACAGAAGAAGUUGCAGGUAUUAUUCUCAACAUACAACAAUCUGAAUUUAUUUCUUAUGAAGUAAAAAAUUUAAACAAAAAAGAAUACAAAGAAAUUUCGUUAGACCUAUUUCAAUUGGGAGAAGUAAAUCCUCGUUUCAAAAUAUACAUUAUAAACCUUCCAUAUGAAAAAAAAAGAGGUUUAUAUGCAGCCUUUGUAGUACCUCAAGGAAGAGAAAUAGAAUGGAUGUUUUCUACAAAAGCUGGAAGGAUGCAUCUCACCAAAAUAAGUAAUUACAACAGAUUACUGAUUAUUACAUUAUGUCGAGAUCAAAAAUAUGACUCGUUUGAAAUAGUUACAGGUGAAUUGGAACAAACUGUUCAGUGUUUUGCUCCAGAAGGAAUUUCAGGAAAGAUUUUAUUUUUAUCUAUUGGAUCAGACGUUGGCAAGAGAAUUAUUCGGGAUGAAGGAGAAUCAAAAAUAUCUGGAAAAUAUGUCAUUGAAGAUGUAGAAAUUAAUAAUCAAAUGUUUCGUAGACUUGUUUUCCUUAAAAAUCAAAAUAUCAUACAGUCAGAAGCAAAAUUAACUGAUAAAAAAAUAAAAGGAAACUGUAAAGAAGUAGAUCAUUAUUAUUUAGCAUCAAAGUAUCACAUUUUUUUAACAAUAGGAUGCGAUUUAGUAUGUAACGCAAUAACCGUUCCUUCUGUCGCUGUUAUUGGCCUUGGAGGAGGUACUUUAUGCGUGUUCCUAAGAAAAUAUUUAUCGAAUUCUGUUGUAACUGGAGUUGAUCUGGAUGCAGAAGUUUUAAAUUUAGCACAAAAAUGGUUCGGUCUUGAGCUGCAUUCUAACUUGAAAGUGGUGGUGGAGGAUGGAAUAAAAUUUAUACAUGAUAGUGUAAAUAGUGGAGCUAAAUAUAAUUGCUUAAUUUUGGAUGUAGACAGCAAAGAUACAAGUAUGGGUAUCAGUUGUCCCCCACCCCAAUUUUUAGAAGACCAUAUAGUUGAAAAAACAGCAAAAUGUUUGAAAAAUGGAGGUGUUUUCUUAUUAAAUUUACUAAUACGAGAUAAAAACCUUCGUCCAGAUGUGUUUACUACUUUGAAGAAAUAUUUUAAAGUUGUUAUUUCAUACAACUUGGAAGAAGAUCUAAACGAAGUCAUAUUUUGUUUCAACGAAAAUAAAAAUGUUAAAAAACUUAAAGCAUCAUUAAAAGUAUGCUGUGGAAGAAUAAAUUCCUUUUUAAGUAAAAAUAAGCAAGAAAGUGAAGUUCUUGAUAUUGAUGAGUUUUUACAAAAAAUACAGAUUGAUAGCUAGUAUAAAUGUU